GUACAAGCCGACAUUGACUUACAAGCACAUUGCAUUGGCAUGGGGUGGAUUCAAAGGCUUUUCCAGGCCUUCGGACUUGCUGACAGCGACCGCGGCUCGGGCCAUGAUGACUGGCUGCGCGACUACGCGCCCAGGCCAGCGCCCACAUCUAAUGUUGGGCAAAGUUAUUAUGCAAAAGUCUCCAGCGCCGGUACACACCGGCCAUACCAGCAGUACCAGCCGUCCUAUCAUGAGCUGGGCGCUCGCUCGUCGGCUCCCGGGUCGGGUCUCGCCAGUUUCACGCCUCCAGCUGGGCGCCCUACUGCAACGGCGCCGGCCUCCACCUCCCAGCAGCCACUAAACACCUCCGCCGUGACGCUCAUCUCCCACACACACGGUCGUGAGCGCCGCGAGCAGCGCGGCAUCGAGCGGCGGGAGCUGCAGGAGGCGGUCAAGCACGGGCGCAGGGAGCGCGCCAACCCGGGCCGGGACGGCUCGGUCCGCUGGAGGUACACACACAAGGGUGUGGUGUACAUUACGGACCAGCACAGCCGACACGAGAUCACCAGCUGGCGACUGAAUGACGCGCCGGACGUGCCGCCAGCCGUAGGCGGCGGCGGCGGUGCUUGUGGUACGGCGCACGUGAUUGUGGUGGUUGACCACAGCGGCUCCAUGCGCAAGGACGACGUGCCCGGGUACGGCAGCCGUACGGCCGCGGUGUACGACUGCCUGGCACGUGACCUCGUGGAGCCGCAGCUGCGGGUGGCGGGUGGCAGCAGGAUGGAGAUUUCUCUCAUCCAGAUGCAAGAUGAGGCGGAGGUGGUGCUGCGCCGCCGUGCGCCUGACGCCAAGUUGCUGCAGUACCUGAAGGGCUGCGGCAGGUCCUACGCGCGCUCGCACGGCAACUACCUGCCGGCGCUGAAUGCGGCCCUUGAGCUGAUGCGCGAGGACGCGUCGGCGCCGAAGCAGCUGUUCAUGGUCUUCCUCAGCGAUGGGGCGCCCAGCGACCAUGUUCAGAUGGCCUGCCCCCACGGCAACUACGUGUGGCAGGCCGACCCGACCGCAGGGUGCACGGCCCAGGGCAAGCCGCGGCUCAUCGAGUGCCGUUCCAAAGGCUGCCGGGCGGUGGUGAAGCGCACGGCGCACUCGGACUGCCUGGCCCGCAUCCGUGCUAUGGGCGACCUGCUGGGCCGCGACCGCGUGUCCGUCAACACCGUGGCCUUCGGGCCGGCGGCGGAGGACUUUGCGGUGCUGCAGGCCAUGAGCCAAGUGCUGCCGCGGGGCUCAUUCCAGAAGCUUGGCCUGUCCGCGCACUGCCUGCGCACCGCCUUCACCUCCCUCACCAGCAGCCUCACCACAUUGCGCACCGAGGCGGGCGGGGCCGGCCCAGGCCUCACGCUGCGGACGGACCUGCGUGCAAAGGGUCAGCGGCAGGAGUACGAGGAGCACCAGCUGCUCAGCAACGGCCUCAUAUUUGACAUCUACGUGGGCCGCAAGUUCGUGUCCAAGUGCCAGUACGACCGCGACACACGCGACCUGGUGCCGGUGCCCUUCCUGGACACCGCCCGUGUGCGCAUCAUGCGAGAGCAGUUCCCCGAGGUGGAGUGGGGCGUGGCGCACGCCCGCCGCCUGUUCAGUGAGGGUGCGGAGCGCGUGGUGUUCCAGUGCACCGAGGUGGUGUCGGUGGACGGCGGCGCCACCGCCUACGCCAUAGGGCCGCGGCUGGUGGCCAAGCAGACCCGGCACCAGGAGCGCGUGCACGACCCCAAGUUCCACCGCACGUUCUGCCGCACACAGGGCGAGGCGGCUGAGCUGGCGUCGCUGUUCAACCGGCGCCUGCGGGGCGGCCCCGCCUGGCAGGUGCACUUCCUGCCCUGCUACGUGUACAAGAUCGCUGACGGCUACUACUCGUACGGCUCUGGCGGCGUCAUGGAGGUCCUGGUGGAGGAGGAGCUGGAGGGCAAGUUCACCAAGUGGAACAACAACGCAGGCGGUGUGGCGGCGGGGCGCACGGGUGCCGCCGGCGCGCACAGCCGCAACAACAACCAGCUGGGCGCGAUUGUGGAGGACGAGGAGGACGAGGAGGAGGACGAGAAGGGGCGGGAGGCCACAAACAAUGCCGCGGGCGGCGGUGGUGCGGCCCGUACUGAGGACGUGCCGCAGGCGUUUUCGCACUUCACGUGGGACUGCACCGCGGGGAGGAAGCUGGUGUGCGACCUGCAGGGGAGGCGGUUGGGCUGGGGCUCACUGCAAUGAAGCCUUGCAUGCUCAGUUGCGUGCACGCCUGCCCUGCCCUCGCUUGUAUGUGCGU